GAAGCGCCAGGCGGAACCGACGGCGGCAGCGGCGGCAGCAGCAGCAUGGCUGCGCUCUACGGGGGUGUCGAGGGGGGAGGCACGCGGUCCAAGGUCCUUUUACUGUCGGAGGAUGGGCAGAUCCUGUCAGAAGCAGAUGGACAGUGCACAAACCACUGGCUCAUCGGGACAGACGCAUGUGUGGAGAGAAUCAACGAGAUGGUGAACAGGGCCAAACAGAAAGCAGGGGUGGAUCCUCUGGUACCCCUUCGGAGCUUGGGCUUAUCCCUAAGCGGUGGGGAGCAGGAAGAAGCGGUUAGGAUCCUGAUGGACGAGCUGAGGCACCGAUUUCCCUACCUGAGUGAAAGCUACAUAAUCACCACCGAUGCCGCUGGCUCCAUUGCCACAGCUACACCAGAUGGUGGGAUUGUGCUCAUCUCUGGGACAGGCUCCAACUGCAGGCUCAUCAACCCGGAUGGCUCUGAGAGUGGCUGUGGUGGCUGGGGCCACAUGAUGGGAGAUGAGGGCUCAGCCUACUGGAUUGCACACCAAGCUGUGAAAAUAGUGUUUGAUUCCAUAGACAACCUGGAGGCGGCUCCUCAUGAUAUUGGCUACGUCAAACAGGCUAUGUUCAACUAUUUUCAGGUACCAGAUCGGCUAGGAAUCCUCACUCAUCUGUAUAGAGACUUUGAUAAAAGCAGGUUUGCUGGGUUUUGCCGGAAAAUUGCAGAAGGUGCACAUCAGGGAGACCCUCUUUCCCGUUACAUCUUCAAGAAGGCUGGGGAGAUGCUGGGAAGACAUGUUGUAGCAGUGCUGCCUGAGAUUGACCCGGUCUUAUUCCAAGGGGAGAUUGGCCUCCCCAUCCUGUGUGUGGGCUCUGUGUGGAAGAGCUGGGAGCUGCUGAAGGAAGGUUUCCUUUUGGCACUGACCCAAGGCCGAGAGAUCCAGGCUCAGAAUUCCUUCUCCAGCUUCACCCUGAUGAAGCUGAGGCACUCCUCUGCCCUGGGGGGUGCCAGCCUAGGGGCUAGGCACAUUGGAUACCUCCUCCCCAUGGACUACAAGGUCAAUGCUGUUGCCUUCUACUCCUAUACCUUCUCCUAGGGGGCUUGCCCUGGCUCCACCUGCCCCAAACUCAGUGGACAUUGGGUGUUGGAAGGGAGGUGUCUUUUCAACCACAUAUAGAAAAUAAAAGCACUUUACCUACUCCC